UUGCGAUAAUUCUUCUAUAAAAAUCUCUAUACUUUUUCAUUUUUUUGAAAAUUCGUUUCGUUAUUAGAAAAAAUAAACUUUUAUUUAUAAACUGAUAAAUAUUCCUUUAAUUGCUUUCAAUAUGGAAGAAAUUAAGAUCGAUGAUGAUGUUUUCAACCAAUUAAAAGAACUUCACGGUCAAUUAACUGAAGAACAAAAUUUGUUAAUAGACAAAUUAAUAUUAAAUGAUGAAUUAAAAGAACGUUUUAAAGCGUUUCAUUUAUGUGAUGAAUGUAAACAACCUAACACCGGUAAUGAUUGGUGUCAAUCAUGUAAUGCUAAUCGUUUUAAACUAAAUUUCAAAAAUUGGUCUAGCGGAAACGAUAUCAUUGAUGAGUUUAUUCAAAAAGCGCAACUUGAGGCUAAACAUUAUCGUGGAGUAUUAGAAUGGAUUGAUUAUGAUAGAUUUGAAGACGUUAAAUAUUUGACCAAGGGAGGAUUCGGUAUUACUUAUAAAGCAAUUUGGAAAGAUGGUAAUAUAUGUAAUUGGGAUUCUAAAACAAAUAAAUGGCAAAGAAGUAAUUUCGACGAAGAUCAGAUGACGAAAGUUGCUUUAAAAUCUAUGCAAAACUUACAAGAUAUUACAAUCGAACUUUUAAGAGAAAUUGAAUUACAUGUUGUAACGCCUGGUAAAAAUGGUGGGGAAAUUUGUUGUUAUGGUAUCACUAAAGAUCCAGAAACGAAUAACUUCUUGUUUGUGAUGAGUUUUGUAGAAAAUGGUGGUUUAAGACAUCAUUUAGAUAAAAAUUUUAAUUUAAUGGAUUGGAGACAAAAGUUAACGAUUUUAAAAGAUAUUGCGAAUGGUCUUAACGAAAAUCAUUAUGAUAAUAAAUUAAAUGAUAUCAAUAGCGCUUAUAUUACUGAUUUAGGAUUAUGUCAAUUAGCAAUUACAGAAUUAAAAUCUUUUCAUAAUGAUAAUAAAGAAAUGUAUGAAGUAUUACCUUACGUAGCUCCUGAAGUUCUAAAAGGAGAAAAAUAUACUAAAGAAAGCAAUAUUUAUGGAUUUGGGAUUAUUGCAUUUGAAGUUUGCACAGGAUUACCUCCUUAUCAAAAUAUGAGUCAUGAAGAAAUAUUGGCUAGUGAAAUUUGUAAAGGGUUGAGACCAGAUAACGAUUAUAAAAUCCCUCAAUUAAUUAUUGAUUUAAUUAAAAGUUGUUGGGAUGCGGAUCCUUUAAAACGUCCUAAAAUAGAAGAAUUAUGUAAUGAAUUAGUAAAUUUAUGUAAUUAUAAUUCAGAAAUAUCUAAACAAUUUGAGGAGGCUGAUAAAAUUAAUGAAAAGUUAUCUAUUCCAUUAACACCUGGUAUAAUCUUGUAUACAACAAAUUCUCAAGCAGUUUAUACAAGCAGAUUUUUAGAUUUUGAUAACCUUCCAGAACCUAAAAAUGCUGAUGAUGAUUAGAUAAUUAUGGUUAAUUCAAUCACUUUUAUAAGUAUCUAACGUAUUAUAUAAU